AUGACUGCUAUCGCAGACUUUUUCGAAAACGUACCGCAGCCUCUGCAAUGGGGUCUUGCUGGUGUUGGUGCUCUCUUCCUCGGCUCCAAGAUUCUGAGCUAUCUCCAACUUGUCCUCAGCGCCUUCGUUCUCGGAGGUACCAACCUGCGUAAGUACGGAAAGCCUGGUACUUGGGCUGUUAUUACCGGUGCCUCUGAUGGCCUCGGCAAGGAGUAUGCUCUGCAACUCGCUGCCAAGGGCUUCAAUCUCGUCCUCGUUUCCCGAACUCUGUCCAAGCUCGAGACCCUAUCCACCGAGAUUCAACAAAAGUACUCUGGCAAGGGCCUCCAGAUCAAGGUCCUUGAUAUGGACUUUUCCAAGAACAACGAUGCCGAUUACGAGCGCCUGAGCGAGCUUAUCUACGGUCUUGAUGUCGGUAUCCUCAUCAACAACGUCGGCCAGAGCCACAGCAUUCCCGUUCCUUUCCUCGAGACCACCAAGGAGGAGCUUGAGAACAUCAUCACCAUCAACUGCACUGGUACUCUCCGAGUUACCCAGACUGUCGCUCCUAUCAUGAAGGCACGAAAGAACGGUCUUAUUCUGACCAUGGGAUCGUUCGGUGGAUGGACACCUACUGCUCUCCUGGCCACUUACUCUGGUAGCAAGGCUUUCCUCCAGCAGUGGAGCAACGCUCUUGCAGCUGAGCUUGCCGAUGACAAGGUUGAUGUCUACCUCGUUCUCAGCCAUCUUGUUACCACUGCUAUGAGCAAGAUUCGCCGCCCCAGUCUUCUGGUCCCCAACGCUCGCAACUUUGUCAAGGCUACCCUCGGCAAGGUUGGACUUGGUGGAUACCAGACAGCACCUUAUACUUAUACCCCCUGGUGGAGUCACUCUUUCAUGCUGUGGUUCAUUGAGAACAUCCCUGGUGCCAACGGCCCUAUCACUAUGUCUGUAAACAAGAAGAUGCACGAGGACAUUCGCCGAAGGGCUCUCCGCAAGGCGGCCAGAGAGGCCAAGAAGCAGUAA